GCAUCUGCGGUGCAGGGCAGUCAGACGGGCGCAGGCUGCGGGGGUACUGAGUGAUUCUGCGGGGAGCCAGGGCACUGCUCACGGGAGGAGGAUGCAUUGCGGCCUGCUGGAGGAGCCCGACAUGGAUUCCACAGAAAGUUGGAUUGAACGAUGCCUCAGCGAAAGCGAGACCAAGCGCUAUUCAAGUCAUACUUCUCUGGGAAAUAUGUCCAACGAUGAAAAUGAGGAAAAGGAGAAUAACAGAGCCUCUAAACCACAUUCAACUCCUGCUACGUUACAGUGGCUGGAGGAGAAUUACGAGAUUGCGGAGGGCGUGUGCAUCCCCAGGAGUGCGCUCUACAUGCACUACCUGGACUUCUGCGAGAAGCACGACACGCAGCCCGUCAACGCCGCCAGCUUCGGCAAGAUAAUAAGGCAGCAGUUUCCACAGCUGACCACUCGGAGACUGGGGACAAGGGGCCAAUCAAAGUACCACUACUAUGGCAUCGCGGUGAAGGAGAGCUCGCAGUACUAUGACGUGAUGUACUCCAAGAAGGGGGCGGCCUGGGUGACGGAGACGGGCAAGAAGGAGGUCACCAAGCAGACAGUGGCCUAUUCACCGCGCUCCAAGCUGGGGACGCUCCUGCCAGACUUUCCAAAUGUCAAAGAUCUAAAUCUGCCCGCCAGUUUGCCAGAGGAGAAGGUCUCCACCUUCAUCAUGAUGUACAGAACUCACUGCCAGAGGAUACUGGACACAGUAAUACGAGCCAACUUUGAUGAGGUGCAGAGCUUCCUGCUGCACUACUGGCAGGGAAUGCCGGCCCACAUGCUGCCGGUGCUGGGCUCCUCCACCGUGGCCAACAUCGUGGGCGUGUGCGACUCCAUCCUCUACAAGGCCAUCUCAGGCGUGCUCAUGCCCACCGUGCUGCAGGCCCUGCCCGACAGUCUCACGCAGGUGAUUCGGAAGUUUGCCAAACAGCUGGAUGAGUGGCUUAAGGUGGCGCUGCAUGACCUGCCGGAAAACCUACGCAACAUCAAGUUUGAGUUAUCAAGAAGAUUUUCCCAGAUUCUUCGACGGCAGACAUCUUUAAACCACCUCUGUCAGGCCUCCCGAACUGUAAUCCACAGUGCGGACAUCACCUUCCAGAUGCUGGAGGACUGGAGGAACGUGGACCUGAGCAGCAUCACCAAACAGACACUGUACACCAUGGAGGACUCUCGCGAGGAGCACAGGAAGCUUAUCAUUCAGCUGUACCAGGAGUUCGACCGCCUGCUGGAGGAGCAGUCCCCCAUCGAAGCCUACAUCGAGUGGCUGGACUCCAUGGUGGAUCGCUGUGUAGUGAAGGUGGCGGGGAAGCGCCCGGGGUGUCUACAGAAGGUGGCCCAGCAGUUCCUGCUCAUGUGGUCCUGCUUCGGCACCAGAGUCAUCCGGGACAUGACACUGCACAGUGCGCCCAGCUUUGGGUCCUUCCACCUUAUCCACCUCAUGUUUGACGACUACGUGCUGUACCUGCUGGAGUCCCUGCACUGCCAGGAGCGAGCCAAUGAGCUGAUGAGGGCCAUGAGAGGAGAGGGCAGCACAGCAGACAGGCCUGAGGAGGUGAUGCUGAUCGAGGCCACACCUCCUGCCACAUCCCCGGGACCCUACUCCCCGGCCAAGUCUGUCACCUCUGUGGGGGUUCCCACCGCCCACUCCCCAGGGGCCGACCAAUCCCCAGAGUACCCGGGUGUCACGACAACCACAGGAGCGGUGCAGUCCUACACCUGGUCCCUCACGUACACGGUGACAACGUCAGGGGCCACGCCCUCGGACAGCAGCCAGCAGCUCUCCUGCAUGCGGGGCGGGCCGGCGCCCCCGCCUUCCUCCACCCAUAGGAUGCCCGUGUACCCCCCCCGCGACGAGCACGGGUACACUGGCGGCUACAACUACGGCAGCUACUCCAACCAGCACCAUCACCCAAUCCAGAACCAGUACCCCGCCCUGACCCACGAGCCCAGCAUCACCGCCCCCCUCCACUACCCCACCUACCACCGCACCUCCACCCAGUACCCACUCAACAGCCAGAUGUCGCGGAUGGAGCCAUGCCUGAUGGGCGGCGGCCCCCGCCUGCACCCCGCCCCCGUGGCCCCGCGGUGGUCGGACGUCCCGCCUGUCAGCAGCUGCUACCCGAGCCCCCCUGUGCACUCGUCCCGCUACCCCCCGGCAGGGGACCUGUACUCACCCCUGGCCCCGCGCAGGAACUCCGAGUACGAGCACGCGCAACACUUCCCCGGCUUCGCCUACAUCAACGGCGAGGCCACGGCGGGCUGGGCCAAGUGAGCGGCUGCGGCGGAUACGCCACUCAACAGAUCCUUUAAUGCCAAAUCCCUCCACCCCCGCCCCGC